AUGCCCUCAUAUGGUAAGUUCCUUAAAGAGAUCUUAUCUAAUAAGAAAAAGCUCGAGGAUAAUGAGACUGUUACACUUACUGCUGAGUGUAUUGCUAUAAUCCAAAAUAACAUGCCUCCUAAGCUAAAAGAUCCAAGUAGUUUUUCCAUACCUUGCGUAAUCGGAAAGUUUAUCAUAGACAAAGCUCUAUGCGACUUAGGAGCCAAAGUUAGUUUAAUGCCCUUAUCCAUAUGCGAAAGACUAAAAACAGGAGAAGUAAGACCGACGAGAAUGUAUCUUCAACUAGCUGGCCGUUUUGUUAAAUUUCUAGUAGGUAUGCUAGAGAACAUUCCCAUUCGUAUAGGUCAAUUCUAUAUUCCCACCGAAUUUAUAAUAAUGGACAUAAAGGCGGAUUCCAACAUCCCUAUCAUUUUAGGAAGACCAUUUUUGGCCACUACUAGAUUUAUCAUAAAUGUGAAGAAAGGAAAGCUAGAGAACAUUCCCUUUCAGGUUGGUGAAGGAAAAGUUAAAUUUAUUCUAUCACAGUUCUUAAAUGCACCAACUAUAGAAGAUUUGUGUUGUUUCCUAGACGUCAUAGAUGAAUGCAUUAAAGAAAUGGAGAUGGAACAAUCUAAGUAUACUGAAGUACAAAAUAUUCCACCAACUCGUAUAUCUAAAGAAGAAAAUUGGCGUGACCCAUACGUAGAUGGAAAUCUAAGGGAAUGUUUAGCACUAACUCCUAAUCAUAUACCUUGCCCGAAGAAACAUGACGUAGAACUUAAAAUAUUACCCAAAGAUUUAAGGUAUGAAUUCCUAGACACAGAGCUUAAAAGACCAGUAAUAGUCAACGCAGACUUAGGACAUAUUGAAACCGAUAAAUUACUACAUGUCUUAAGAAAAUACCCUACAGAUAUAGGCAAUAACAUCUUAGAUCUUAAAGGAAUAAGCCCCUAUAUAUGUAUGCAUCGCAUUAUGCUAGAAGAAGGUUGCAAAACCUCUAGAGAACACUAG